UCACACUUUUGUAUGUUGAAGAGGGCACUCAAAAUGUGUGUGUGUGAGUGUGUUUACGGGAGUGUGUGUAAGAAAGAGGCAGAGAAACGGGACUCAACAUGGAAACGAGACUAGGCGUGAGUUGUAAACUCGUCCGGGACUUGAACUGAAGCACCAGCAGCUCCUAACUGACCACCAACACGGGAUUAUUAUGCCCAGCGCCAACGUGUCCGUGCGAAGUUUAUCUGAAGUGGAGAAAUACCUCAGCAGCCGGAUGGACCGGAGUACUGAGGGCAGUUUCCUGAGCAUCUCUGGGUCGAUGCGUCGGGGUUCCUCAGAGAACAAUCUGGACCUUGAUCUGAGUGAUGGAAGUCCUGGUCCUGCUCUGGCCUUCGAGGUCCAGCGUAGUCGUUCUUGCUUGGACAACCUCCAGCAGAAGAUACUGAAAGUCACGGAACAGCUGAAGAUUGAGCAGACGGUCAGGGACGAGAACGUAGCCGAGUACCUUAAGCUGGUAAACAGCGCGGACAAGCUUCAAGUGGGACGCAUCAAGCAGGUGUUUGAGAAGAAGAACCAGAAGUCGGCUCAAAACAUCGCCCAGAUGCAAAAGAAGCUGGAGCAGUACCAUCGAAAGAUGAAAGACAGUGAAAUCCACCACAGCCCAUUGCCUCACCCGUCAACUACACACAAACACAGCACCAUACCCAGGGAGUCUCCCAGAGAGCUGCUGAGGGACAUGACCGGCAGUGGACGACACCCUACCAUGGACAAGAUCAAGACCAUCGGCCCAGGCGUGUCCCUCUCCCCUCCUUUCUUCUUCAGCAAGCCCCGAGAGUUCGCCAACCUUAUCAGGAACAAGUUUGGCAGUGCUGACAACAUCGCCCACCUCAAGACUACUCUGGAUGCUUCCUCGCCGCUGCCCACUGACAGUGCAGGAAAGGGGCUGAGUAGCAGCACCUCUCUGGUGGGCAAGCCCAAGUAUCCCAGUGAUGACGAGUGCUCCUCAGGGAGUGCCUCCAUAUCAGCAGACAGUAAUGGGCACCCAGUGGGAGGAGGAGUGUCAGCGGGGCAGACGCCGGGCCAGCAGGCCGGGGGGGACGCCCAGAGCAGACUGGCUCUGACCCUGGAGGAGGUGAGGGAGAUCAAAGAAGCCCAGAGCCAGCUGGAGGAGGAUAUGGAGGAGAUAAAGGCUCAGUUCAAGAGAGAGUAUGGCAUCAUCAGCCAAACACUGCAGGAGGAGAGAUACAGGUACGAGCGUUUGGAAGACCAACUAAAUGACUUGACAGAGCUUCACCAGCAUGAGAUGACUAAUCUGAAGCAGGAACUGGCCAGCAUCGAAGAGAGGGUGGCCUACCAGGCUCACGAAAGGGCCCGGGACAUACAGGAGGCUCUGGAGUCGUGUCAGACGCGAGUGUCCAAGCUUGAGCUCCAGCAGCAGCAGCAGCAGACGGUCCAGCUCGAGAGCCGUGACGCCCGAGUUCUGCUGGGAAAGAGCAUCAACAUCAUGCUGGCCAUCAUUACCGUCAUCCUGGUGUGCGUCUCCACCGCUGCCAAGUUUGCCGCUCCACUGAUGAGGAGCCGGCACCAUGUGGUAGCUACCUUCCUGGGAGUUUGUUUUUUGACCAUUUUUUGGAAGAACUGGGACCGUUUACAGUACGCCAUAGACAGGUUGCUGGUGCCUGCCUGAAAGUAAAAAGAGUGCACACUGAAAGUAACACUGCAGAAACAUGGACGCUGUCAGGAUAGGACUGUCUGUGAGGAUUGGUUGUACAAUCGUCAGAAGACACGAUCACCUUGCAUUUACACAGGUCACUGUUUUUUUAAGGUCCAACCGAAAUGAUUUUUUUCUCGUCUAGAACUUGAAUGUGUGUUGCUAACAUUUUUUUGUUUAACCUUUAAAAUAAUAUUUAUAUAACAGUAAAUUUUGUUAGCUCUUUAAGGAUUGCUAUGAAAUCAUCACAAGACGAGGAUCAAGAAGGGUGGACAGAAGUGCACACAAGACUAAUCUUUCCCCAUGUUUUUGGGGAAAAUAAUCAGUAGAUAAGGUGAAAUUUGGAAAAUGAUUAUUCUCUCUCAUUUUGCUUCAGCUCAAUUUAAACAUCCCUCAGACUGUUGAAAAUCUGCACACACAAACAAAACCUCAAGCUUGGCAUCUUGCUGGCCACAGUUAUGAAAUGCUAAAGUCACCCUCAGAGGGAUAGUUGCACAUUUUGGUAAAUAUGCUGAUUUGUUCUCUUACCAAAUAACCCAAUUGCCAGAGUAAGUGUUGGCAUUGUGCAUUUAUGCAAACCACGGAUAUGUAAAAUCUCUGGGUUAUUAUGUAGCAGAUAUGUUGAAACU